AUGGUAGAGCGGCUGCUAAUGGCUCAGAGACACAGCGCUACAGUCCACCAAGCGUGCCCUAACGACCGCCGCUGCCCCUCCUCGCUCCUGCCCUCCUCGCUCCUGCCCCUCCUCGCUCCUGCCCCUCCUCGCUCCUGCCCCUCCUCGCUCCUGCCCUCCUCGCUCCUGCCCCUCCUCGCUCCUGCCCCUCCUCGCUCCUGCCCUCCUCGCUCCUGCCCCUCCUCGCUCCUGCCCUCCUCGCUCCUGCCCUCCUCGCUCCUGCCCCUCCUCGCUCCUGCCCCUCCUCGCUCCUGCCCCUCCUCGCUCCUGCCCCUCCUCGCUCCUGCCCCUCCUCGCUCCUGCCCCUCCUCGCUCCUGCCCCUCCUCGCUCCUGCCCCUCCUCGCUCCUGCCCUCCUCGCUCCUGCCCUCCUCGCUCCUGCCCCUCCUCGCUCCUGCCCCUCCUCGCUCCUGCCCCUCCUCGCUCCUGCCCCCUCCUCGCUCCUGCCCCUCCUCGCUCCUGCCCCUCCUCGCUCCUGCCCUCCUCGCUCCUGCCCCUCCUCGCUCCUGCCCCUCCUCGCUCCUGCCCCUCCUCGCUCCUGCCCCUCCUCGCUCCUGCCCCUCCUCGCUCCUGCCCCUCCUCGCUCCUGCCCCCUCCUCGCUCCUGCCCUCCUCGCUCCUGCCCCUCCUCGCUCCUGCCCCUCCUCGCUCCUGCCCUCCUCGCUCCUGCCCUCCUCGCUCCUGCCCCUCCUCGCUCCUGCCCUCCUCGCUCCUGCCCUCCUCGCUCCUGCCCUCCUCGCUCCUGCCCCUCCUCGCUCCUGCCCUCCUCGCUCCUGCCCCUCCUCGCUCCUGCCCCUCCUCGCUCCUGCCCCUCCUCGCUCCUGCCCCUCCUCGCUCCUGCCCCUCCUCGCUCCUGCCCUCCUCGCUCCUGCCCUCCUCGCUCCUGCCCUCCUCGCUCCUGCCCUCCUCGCUCCUGCCCUCCCGCUCUGCCCUCCUCUCUCCCCUCGCUCCUGCCCCUCCUCGCUCCUGCCCUCCUCGCUCCUGCCCCUCCUCGCUCCUGCCCCUCCUCGCUCCUGCCCCUCCUCGCUCCUGCCCCUCCUCGCUCCUGCCCCUCCUCGCUCCUGCCCCUCCUCGCUCCUGCCCUCCUCGCUCCUGCCCCUCCUCGCUCCUGCCCCUCCUCGCUCCUGCCCCUCCUCGCUCCUGCCCCUCCUCGCUCCUGCCCCUCCUCGCUCCUGCCCCUCCUCGCUCCUGCCCCUCCUCGCUCCUGCCCCUCCUCCAGCCUCACUGCUUUGUAUCGUAACAGUCGGUGA